GUGAAUACCAGCAGCGCGCGCGAUGCGAGCCACGUGCUCCUGUCAACCACGUACGGUAGCAUAAGCUACCAACGUUCAUUACAGCAAGCAUCAAAGCAGAAUUUUGCUUUAUUUUCUUUAUUUUUAAUAGAUAGAGCUGUGUUUUUGUAUAAGUGCAAGAAAUAAGUAAUAGAAUGUCCAAUUCACGGCCACUAACUCAAGCGGAGUUAGAAGAAAUUGUGGCAAAUAUAAGCAAUCAAGAAUACUGUGCUUUUGACUAUGGCGGUGAUGAUGAUGCAGAGGAUGACUUGCCACCUGAAACCCCAACUUCAUCCAGAUCAUCUUCAGUACGAUUGUCUUCAGGUUCACCUGCGGUUCUUCUUGAUUCUCAGCCUGGUCCAUCGUACACAACUGGCUUGUGAAAAAAAUUACUUGCAGAGAUUCCGCCACAAAGUAUGACUGAGAGCGAAGAUGAGGACUACCAUGAUUCCGAU